AUCCAUCUAUCGAUAAAGUAGUAAUGGUUUUAUCUUAAUGAACACCAAACAAACUUCACAGUUUACGUUAGUUUUUGUUCCUACCGAUGUCAAAAAAAAAAAAUCGCGUCUUCUCUGUUCGGCGUAGUCUAAUAAAACUUAUUAUUAAAUUAAGAAAAAACUUAUAUUAAAUAAUUUUAUACGUCAAACAAAGAAAGUUAAAAAUAAAAAAUCUAAUAGUUUCGAUUUUGUUCAAAGUGACAAAUAUUUUAUAUUUUCGAAGACGUAUGGCUAUAAUCCGAACGUGAUAUUAACCUUAAUUUUGUAAUAUCUGCUCGGAAUUUCAAAAACGAGCAGCAUGGCUAAAAUAGUUGAAUCAUUAAAAAGAUUAAGUGUUGAACACGGUACACGUAAACAUGAUGACAAUCGAACCGUCAAAAGAAAAAGCGAGUUAAUAUCAUCGAUAGAAGAAGCAGUAUCUCUUGAUCAUAAUUAUAUUCUUGCUGUCUGUGGAACACAAAGUGAUCCAGAAUUUCGAAUUGGUACUGCUUUAUCUGAUCAUACAUGUGUAAUAUAUUCUGUUGGGGAAAGUUUAAACCAAACUAUUACAUUAACUCAUAAUCAAGCACCUAUUGUUGGUAUUAGGUUUAGUCCUACUUCUAGAAAUAUUUUAUAUACAGCAAUGAAUAAUGGGCAAAUUACAGCAUGUGAUUUACGAGCUAAAGGCAAAGUUAUUGCAAGGUUUAAAGAUAGUACAGAAGAUGGCAAAAUGAGACCUCUUUGUAGUUUUGAUGUUAGUUGUGAUGAAAAACUUGUAGCAGGUGGUACUGAGCAUAUUGGAGGAGAUGCAUUUAUUUUAUUUUGGGAUAGUCGACAUACUAAUUCAAAAUUGGAUGAUAAAAAUAAUCUUCUUGGUGGAUAUUGGGAAUCUCAUAUGGAAGAUGUAACCUCUUUGGCAUUUCAUUCUAGUAAGCAGGAUGUCUUAGCAUCGGGUAGUACAGAUGGACUGAUUAAUGUCUUUGACCUUACACAGCCAUCAGAAGAUUCUGCAUUAACUUAUUCCUUAAAUACCGAAUCAUCUGUGGAUAGGAUAGGCUGGUUAAAUGAUGAUAAUCUUUGGUGCACAACACAUAAUUCAUUACAACUUUGGGACUGUGAUGGAGCAACUCCAUAUGCUAAAUUUGAGCGUAGUAAUUUAACAGUUUCUCAAAAUGAUGAUCCAGAUGAUUGUUAUAUAGUUAGAUUUCAUGCUUCAAAUGCACUUGGACAACCAUUUCUCCUUGCAGGUUCCAGUAAUGUUAAAGGGGAAAAUUUGAGAUGUUUAAAUAUCAUAAAUGAUCGAUUAGAAACAUGUUAUAAUAUGAUAGGAAAUAAACAAAUAGUACGUGAUAGCUGGCUACAUGAAAAGAGUGGUUCUUUAAUAACAGUAGGUGAAGGUGGACUUAUAAAUAUUUGGAGACAAACUGAAACUAUAUCUAUCCAACAAAAUUCUAGCCAUAAAUUGAUGGCAAAAAUUGGUACUGGCAAAGGACGGGAUCGUCAACAUAGAACUAAGCCAUAUUAAAAUUGAUAGGAUAAAAAUUUGUAAAUGCAAAAAAAGUUUUUGUAAGUAAAUAUAAUAAACAGAAGAGAAAUAUUACGUAACAUUAACAUAAUCGUACAUUUCCCUCACGUUUUUCUUUAUUACAAUAACAGUUGUAUGUACAUUUAUAAUAAAUAGAUAUUAUUUCCUUAUGCGGUUAAUGAUUUAACAGCGAUUCAUGUAUCAAUCGAAAAAUGUAGCAUAUGUAUAUAUAAACGUUAAGGAAUGUAAAUCACAUAUCAUUAUGUAUAUAUCUGUAUAGAAUUGAAACAGGAA